GCCAGUCUGAUGCAACACAUGGGACUCGGGGUAAUCCGGGAAGGUGCCGCCGCGGCUGCUGCACGUUGCCCGUUGUGGUCAAGGCUGGGUUGAAAUGGCUCUGGAGGUGACCCACGCGGUGGCCGGGCUUGGGCUGGGGGAACUGUAUGUCUCACAUCGAGAGGGAAGUGAUGCAACUGGUGAUGGAACAAAAGAGAAACCUUUCAAAACAGGCCUAAAGGCUUUGAUGACAGCAGGAAAGGAGCCAUUUCCUACCAUUUAUGUGGAUUCACAGAAAGAAAAUGAGAGAUGGGAUGUUAUUUCCAAAUCGCAGAUGAAGAACAUUAAAAAAAUAUGGCACAGGGAACGAAUGAAGAAUGAAUCCCGAGAUCAAAAAGAGGCAGAAGACAAUUUAAGACGAGAAAAAAACCUAGAAGAAGCAAAGAAGAUAACCAUUAAACAGGAUCCAAGUCUUCCAGAGGCAAUAUGUGUAAAGAUUCGUGCGUUAGAAGCACAUCGAGGCCAACGAGUGAAGGUGUUUGGCUGGGUCCACAGGUUACGUAGGCAAGGGAAGAAUUUAAUGUUUCUUAUAUUAAGAGAUGGUUCAGGAUAUCUUCAAUGUGUCUUGUCAGAUGAACUGUGUCAGUGUUACAAUGGAGUGGUCUUGUCUACAGAGAGUAGUGUGGCAGUGUAUGGAACUCUCAAUCUUACACCAGAAGGCAAGCAGGCGCCAGGAGGCCAUGAGCUGAGCUGUGACUAUUGGGAAUUGAUUGGCUUAGCCCCUGCUGGAGGAGCUGAUAACCUGAUAAAUGAAGAGUCUGAUGUAGAUGUCCAACUUAAUAACAGACACAUGAUGAUCCGAGGAGAGAACAUGUCCAAAAUCUUGAAAGCCCGUUCAGUGGUCACCAGAUGCUUUAGAGAUCACUUUUUUGAUAGGGGAUAUCACGAAAUCACUCCUCCAACAUUAGUACAAACACAGGUGGAAGGUGGUGCCACACUUUUUAAACUUGACUAUUUUGGAGAAGAGGCAUUUUUGACUCAGUCAUCUCAAUUAUAUUUGGAGACUUGCCUCCCAGCUUUAGGAGAUGUCUUUUGUAUUGCUCAGUCAUACAGAGCAGAACAGUCCAGGACACGAAGACACCUAUCAGAGUACACUCACGUUGAAGCUGAGUGCCCUUUCCUGACUUUUGAUGAUCUCCUAAACCGUCUGGAAGACUUGGUUUGUGAUGUAGUAGACAGGAUCUUGAAAUCACCUGCAGCAAACUUAGUACAUGAACUCAACCCGACUUUCACACCCCCCAAAAGACCUUUCAAACGGAUGAACUAUUCAGAUGCCAUUGUGUGGCUAAAGGAACAUGAUAUAAAGAAGGAAGAUGGCAACUAUUAUGAAUUUGGAGAGGAUAUCCCAGAAGCCCCUGAGAGACUGAUGACAGACACCAUUAAUGAACCAAUCUUGCUGUGUCGAUUUCCUGCAGAGAUCAAGUCCUUCUACAUGCCGAGAUGUCCUGAGGAUUCCCGGCUUACUGAAUCUGUAGAUGUGUUGAUGCCAAAUGUUGGUGAGAUUGUGGGAGGUUCCAUGCGUAUCUGGGAUAAUGAAGAACUGCUAAAAGGAUAUGAGAGAGAAAGCAUUGAUCCCACUCCUUACUAUUGGUACACUGAUCAGAGAAAAUAUGGUCCAUGCCCCCAUGGAGGGUACGGCUUGGGCUUGGAACGAUUCUUAACUUGGAUUUUGAACAGAUACCACAUCCGAGAUGUGUGCCUGUACCCACGCUUCGUCCAGCGCUGUACACCUUAACUGUCCAGUGAGUGACGGCAGUAGGAAAGGGUACACACAGUUUAAUAGAGAGAUACAACUUCCUAGAAUGAAAUGAUCCAUCUUUUUUUGUCCCAUCAGAGUCUUACUGCUUGUGUUAUCUGUUCUCAUUGCUAUAAAAUAAUAGCAAUUAUUUGAGAUGUCCCAGAAAUAAAAUGAUCUCAAGUGAUACCUAUGUUGUCAUUCUUAGAAAAUAAUUGCCAUUAUAAGCAUUGGAGGGAGAGAUAUUGUGGCAUAUUAGUGUGCAGUUAGUAACAUAUUUCAGCUCGAUUACAGUUUGUACAGGACUAUGUGUCUCAUACCAUUUACCACUGAUGCCAGUUCUACCGUAUCUGGAAAUUUUUAUGUUCUUUUCUGUGCUCCUGCAAUUCUAUGUUUUGUGAUUUGUAGCAUCUUAUUCUUUCAGUAAAUUAAGAACCAAAAUUUAGGAAUAACAUUGACACCUAAUAAUACAAUGUUAAAGAUUUGAUUGCUUCAAUAUAAAUGUCAUUCAGCUGUAGAUAGCAGAAUAAAAUGAAUCAUUUUCUUGAACCGUGUAUCCACUUUGUUAUUAUCUGAUAAGCAUUCCAGAGUUUAGAUGUAUUCAAACAGUUUUAUUUACAAUAGAAAUAGAAGAAUUUGCAGGAUUCUUCAAAUUGUUUAGUAAAGGUCAAAAGGUAGACAACUGUAUAGACAGUAUUUGGGGGGGAGUAAUUAAAUAGUUUGCAGGGUCUCUGUUCUGUUGUUCUGAAGAGCUUGGCUGCUUUUCUUCUCUGGCAUUUCCAUAAAUAAUCAAGAAAAAAUGAGCUCAAAAAGAAUUGUAAGCCAGAAUAUUAAUAUAUUGUUUAAUAAUUUAAUAAUUAUUACAAAUAGUUGUUUGAACUAUCUCAUUAUGUCUUGAGAUCUAAUCAGCUAUUUUCUUCAUUUUCACUAUACUUAUUGAAUUACUCCAGCUCAGAUUCAGUCAACUAAAAAUGCAUGUCAUAUAUACUCCGUUAACUGUAAUCUUGAAAUUUAAUAAAUGACAACAUAUAGAAA